AAGAGUUUUUAUUACACGACACCUGCACAGCACACCACAGCAAUGAAGUGAGCAGACUACACGUCGUUUUUACAUUAAACCUCUCUCUCUCUCUCUCUCUCUCUCUCUCAUCCGCAAUCAAGAUUUCAUUCCUGUGCUUCAGACUCGUUGGGGAAGUUGCGAAAAUUUUGUUCGUGGCCAUCAUCUUCUCUCUCUUCCCUUCCGGAGACUUUUUCUCUGUUGGGUGCACCAAAUUAAGUUAGAUGGUGAAGGAAAUGAGAUUGGAAUGGAACCCAUCUCUCUCCCUUCACAAACACAACCACGUCUUCGUCAAGUUUGCAGUCUCUCUGCUCUUGCUCGGCAUCGCCCUUCGCCUUCUACUCUCUCGUCCUAUCCAAUUUUACGCUGUCGUUGUUGACUCGCCGCCGGCAGUUCCUCUCGCCGACACCGCUCGUGACUCCUCCCCCUUCUCUGUGCCUUCCCCCGCCGUCCAGACGCCGGUCUCCGUCGUCGAUUUUCCGGCGAACCAGAACCAAAUGUCCCCGGGAGUUGUACCAAAAUGUGACAUUUUUGCGGGAGAUUGGAUCCAGGAUCAAUCGGGUCCAAGAUACACUAAUGAGAGCUGCCAUGUGAUCGAAGGUCAUCAAAAUUGUAUGAAGAAUGGGCGACCCGAUUCACAAUAUCUCUACUGGAGAUGGAAACCAAGGGGCUGUGAAUUACCCAAGUUUAGUCCCGAGAGAUUUCUUGAUAUGAUGAGGGAUAAAUCCUGGGCAUUCGUGGGGGAUUCCAUUUCUCGCAAUCAUGUGCAAUCCCUGCUUUGCGUUCUCUCGCAGGUGGAGCAAGCUGUUGAGGUAUACCAUGACGAGGAGUACAGAUCCAAAAGAUGGCACUUCCCCUCCCACAACUUCACCCUUUCGGUAAUUUGGACUCCUUUCCUCGUCAAAGCAACCAUUUUCGAAGACAUGAAUGGAGUUUCCUCGUCCGAAAUCCAGCUUCAUCUCGACCAGCUCGAUGAGACGUGGACCGAACAAUACGAGAGCUUCGAUUACGUGGUAAUUGGUGGCGGGAAAUGGUUUCUCAAGACUGCAAUCUACCACGAGAACGACACGAUAACAGGCUGCCAUUACUGUCCGGGAAAGAACUUGACAGAACUGGGUUUUGACUAUGCAUACCGGAGAGCAAUCCGGCUGGUCCUCGGCUUCCUAUCCGGUGCCGGUGGCAGCCGGAAAAAACUGGUGAUCCUGAGAACUACUACACCAGAUCACUUUGAGAAUGGGGAAUGGUUCAGUGGAGGGACUUGCAAUAGAACAGUGCCAUUCAAAGAAGGUGAGGUUGGUUUGGUGGAUGUGGACAGAAUCAUGAGGGACAUUGAGUUGGAAGAAUUUGAAAAGGCAACAGCAGGGGCAGGAUCCAGGAGGGAGAGGGUCAGGUUAAGGCUUUUGGACACAACCCGAAUGUCGUUGUUGAGGCCGGACGGCCACCCUGGGCCUUACAGGAAGUUUCAGCCCUUCACAGAUAGUAAAAAUGCGGAAGUUCAGAAUGAUUGCCUGCACUGGUGCUUGCCCGGGGCGAUCGACUCCUGGAAUGAUUUGGUAAUGCAGUUGUUGAUCAAUGGUUGACGAUUUUAUUUUGAUGAGAUUCUUUGGCAUGAUGCAAUUUUGAUGGAUUGAAGAGGGAGGGGUUGGCGAUUUUGGAAUACCAGAUGAACAUUUUCACCCCCUGGUUUUUCAUGUACAAAACUGUAUGUAACGUUUCCUUUUUAAUUAUAUCUUUUUAAGUUUUCAGAUGUACUUUUGAAAUUACGCAUUCUUUUCUUCACGAUGUAAACCUGCAAAGCAAGGGCGGAAUCUUUAAUAAAUUGUGAACCCCUAGCUAGCUGCCACUGCCAGUGAUGUUUCCAUUGAUGACUA